GAAAAUGCUGCGCAGAAACCUGCGCAGUUGUCGUUUCUUCGAUCAUGAAUGAUGGAGGCGAAUGUUUUGAUGGAGUCUAAGGACUAAAAAAAGCUCCGCUUCUGAGGCUUGAAACACUCCAACUGCACCAGCCGGUGUUGUAUUACGUGAAAUCACAAAUCCGAGGUGAAUUUAAUUUGACUAAGCAAGAAAGGGUCAAAAGCUAACAUCGUCGGCUGCGGCCUAGCUAACGUUAGCUAGCACCUUGAAGUUGGUUUAGUUCUUUCAUUUAAUGAGCGCACUGUGAGGCGAUUUCAGGCUGUUGAGUUUUACGUGAUACUACAGUUACGACUGGAAUUAUUUCAUGAUUUAUGUGGCUAUAUUGAUCCAAGAUUACCCUACCUUUAACUGGCGCACACUCGUCGGAAAACGUCAGUACGGGUACUUGAGACCUAAUCCAGGAGGAGUGGUUAUCCAUGUCCACAAGUUACUGCAGAUUAAUACUCUUUGAAAACAUAAGCAAACAUGUCUUUAGUCGCCUAUGGCAGCAGUGAUGAUAGUGACUCAGAUGAGACCUCGACCUCUGCCGUACCGGAGAGCGGUGUUAGCGCAGGACGGCUCUUCUCACUCCUGCCUGCUCCCAAAAAUCCAGGGUCGGCAGGAGGGAACUAUGGACCAAGCAAGGACACAAAAGCGAACCCAUCAACAGGGGACAGCACGUCGAACGAUGACCCAGAUCCUCAAGCACCCAGAGGAAGCUUAUUUUCUAGUCUGCCUAAGCCGAGGAAGCGAACAGAGCCUGUCAAGAUCACUGUGCCACAGAUCCAUAGACGGGAUUCAGACUCUGAUGAUGAUGAGCCAGCAAUGAAGAAACCACAACCUCAGGGCUCAGGCCUGUCCUCCCUCCUACCACAACCCAAAAACCUAACAGUGAAGGAGACUGACAGACCCCUGAUUCCUCACACGCUCACCAAGCGCAAAGAACCCAAAGGACCCAAGCCUGGGACACCUGCUCAGGGUCUUCUUGGUUCUAGUGCAUCCCCAUCUGCUAUCAAAGCUGCAGCAAAGUCAGCUGCCCUGCAGCUUGCUAAACAGAUAGCCAGUGACGACCAGGAUAAUGAGGAGGACAUAACCCCACAGAACUACUUUUCUCUGGGCGAGAUCUCCCAGCCUCUUCACACAGUCGUCCCAAGCUUAGACCCUGAGCCAGGAGCCCCCGCAGAGCUGCUUCCUUUUUCAUCUGCAGAUGAGCCCGGUCAGUCAGAUGCCCCUCUUGAUUUUGGGGGCAACCACGAGGGAGCUACUGCAUGGGGAGGUCAAUAUCCUCAAUAUCAACAGCCCAUGACAGGCCCAGAAGGUUUCCCUCCGGGAUAUUAUAAUGAGCCAUACUACCAAGAUCCCGACCCCAAUCUGGCAGAGGCAGAAGAGCCUGGCCACUCUGCCAUGUUUGAUGAUGAAGCGUUCAUGCGGCUGCAAGGGAAGCGGAACAGGGGCAAAGAGGAGGUGAAGUUUCUGGAGAUCAAAGGGGACGACCAGCUGAGUGGGAACCAGCAGUGGAUGGCCAAGAGCAUGACAGAAGAGAAGCAGAACCGUCAGUCCUACAGCAAGAAAAAAGGAGAACAGCCUACUGGACAACAGCGACGCAAGCAUCAGAUAACAUAUCUCAUUCACCAGGCUAAGGAGCGCGAGUUGGAGCUGAAGAACAGCUGGGCAGAAAACAAGUUAACCCGCCGGCAGACCCAGGCCAAAUACGGCUUCUAGAUGUCACACUGUGGACUCUUGGAGGCAUGUGGAAACCCUGCAUCAGAAAAUAGAAUAGAGCUCUCCGGAUUUCCCUCCACAAAAGGAAAACUUGUCUUUGAGAAGAAGCUAUUGACACCUUAAAAAUGUUUUUUUUCCCCCGCCUGCUCUCCUGUCUGUAUUUGUGUUGAAUUGUUAAUAUUCAGUAGGUUUUUUUUUUUUUCUUUUGGUCAACUGUUUCAUAAAGUGUUGCUGUACCGAAAAUCCAGUCACAGUAAAUAUAGGAACUAUACCUACAUAACAAUGUAACAGUGUUUUCAAGGAACCUGCACCUAGCUGGGAGGAGAACUGUUUCAUGUGUGCAAACAAACUACUGCCAGUCUCUCCAGCUUUGGAGAAUGUUGCAGAUUUAUGCUUUCUUUUACAAUGUCUAUAAAGAUUGAUUUUGACUCAAUCUUUCCCAUCAUGCAAAGCAGCGUUUUUAAAUGGCUUUUCAUUGAAGCAUUGACAUUUAUUUACCCUCUUAAUGGCUUCUUCCUCCUGUAACAAAGCAGUGGGCGGUAUCCACUCUCUCAGUAUUUUAAAAAAAAUGUCCAAGCAGUAAGUUGAGCAUGAAUGUGAAGUCAUGAGCCAGGUUACUUCUACAUGCACUAGAUUUCGUUAAAUGGGUUUUGGGAUUUUGCAGAGAACUUCAUAUAUAAACCACAGCUAAGUGUGGUGGCAGCUUUGUAUUUGUCCACCAUCUCUAUACCAACACAUGCACAACCUGAUCUGCCUCAAAGAUUAAUCUGAUAUGUGGCAGAAACAUACCAGCAGUCUGGGGAUACUGAUUGCUGUCUUACUUCAAGGUUAUGGUACAUACUGUCUGCAGAGCUUGUGUCAGCCCAAAGCAAGCAACUGAUAGUCUGAAUGCAUAUCCUCGCACAUAUUUCAGUGACAGGAAUAUAAGUUAUAAAGCUUCAACUGGUUGAAUGUUUCAUGUGUGAAUUCCAGCUUAUCCUUUUCCUUGUACCUUAUCCUCAAUAUCUCUGGGACAGUACAAAGGGUGUUUGGAUGAAAUGCUAGGAAAUUUCCUUUAAAAUUGAUCAGAUACUCACAACACAACAGUCCUUUGUUAAUUACACAUCUGUCUCUCCUGGGAAAAAAAACUGAAAACAGGCAGGUUUAUGUUAAUAUUAAGAAGGCAUACAGUUGUAUCUGGCACUGACACUCCAAAUUCAGUGACCAACAUGUUGAAAAAUCUUUUGUUUACUCGACAUUUUUAUUAUGCGUGUUGCGUAGUUAGAUUAAUGAAUAAAUUUUUUUCCUUUCCUGGCUCUAGA